AUGUACUCCAAAACGGGAGUCGUCACUCAGUUAACAGACCUAAGAUCUCAGGCUCAUCGAGUCAUACUUGACUGGGUUAGUUGCUUCCAAUUUACUGUCGACUCUGGCACGUUCCUAAAAGUCGCCUACGUAUUGCCCGUAUCAUAUGCGCAGACGUUGGGCUCAGAGGCCAUUUACGAAUCCGUUUACAUGGAACUUCGUCAAGGUGAACAAUCAGAGGGACUAACUCAAUUUAUUAUCCCGACUGGCUGGAUAAGGGUCUGCAUGUAUACUGAUCGUGACCUCGUUACAAGGCCUGUAUUACAGAAGGUUGCAGAGGCUGAGACAGAAGGAUCCCUUUUCCGAUCAGAUGGUCCUUCGUUUGACGGCGCUUCGUUUGAAGACAGCGACUUCUUAUCCGCAUUCAACGAUUGGAUCGACACCUCCUCAGUUCCUGCCGUAGGUGGCACUACAUCUCCAGUCUCUUCUGGGGUGGAGCUACUUUCCCAAGUUCCUGAUGACGAAGGUGUCCCGUCGUCAAAUGGUCCAGGUUCCAUGUUCACCACAUUCCUUCUGACACCACUUUUCAACGUCACUGCUAGCGGUCAAAGUUUGCCUGGAGCCUCAAGCUUGCAGCGUUAUGUGUUAUGCACCCCAGCCGAUUUUAAGGCUGGGAUCAUUUAUGAUUGCGACUUCCUCGCGGCUCACUUUCCUUUUGCACAUGUAUGCAUACAGGAUGCCAAGGCUCUGGCUAAGAAUUAUCUCACCAUUUGCUGGCAUGGACAUGGAUUCAUUCGCCGCGUAUUGCACUCAGGCUAUCGAAGAAAUGUUGACCGUGGCAAACAGUGCCGGUCAACCAGCGGAGUCAGUCGGGACGCAAUCAAAAUAGUAUCCUCGGAGUACGACAGAUUCAAGAAGGCCUUGAAGGACAACUCGCACCCUCUCGUCAACUGCAAGAAAAAACUUCGAUUGGAUGGUUUUGCCUUGAAUACCAAGCGUCCCCAUGAGAUCAUUCCCUACAUCACUAGCAUCACUGGCUUAACAGCUUGGAACGGCACCGUAACCUCAUUAGAAUUCACCAGAUCUCCGGACGGGAAUCUAUAUCGACGCAAGACAAUUCUAAUCUUACUGGCAUAUCGGAUCUUGAAGGUGGUUCAUCAGCACAAAUCCAACCGGUCCCUGCUGGAACUAUUCCCUCAUCAGUAUGAAAGCCUUCCGGAGCACUCUAUCGCACUAGUGUGCGCCAUGUACGUGAUACGGUUCAGGCGGGUAUUUCCUGGACACGAAAUUCACAAAAUAUCUUCUCCCAUUUUGGAAAGGGAGGCAUGCCACCAGUUGGUUCUCCUCAGGAGGGCCCGUGAGGGCACCAGUGAUGCAGCUGUUGCACUGAAUCGGUGGAUCAAUACGCGUCAUGGAGACGGUGGCUGGGAACAGGACCUGUUGAGUGAAUUUUAUCAAGUUUUUCGCUGA